AUGGCAUAUCUGGGUCGAGUGGAGGAAGCUGAACGGCUGCUUUUAAGCAUCGAUCGCAGCGACCUUGCUAUGCAACUGCGACACCGAUUUGGCGAUUGGUUUCGGCUUGCUCAGUUGGCAAGAGAUUCGGCCGCUGGGGCUCUGGUAAUGCGGGAUAAAGAACUUGCCGAGCUGCACAAAGCCAUCGGAUUUCACUUCGCAGAUCGCAUGCAAUGGUGA